CCAGUCUCAACUCAGGAUGGACUUACACAGCUCUUGCAGCCACAAGGUUGAAUCUGCCCAAAGUAUGACAAGAUGUUCUCAGGUGGAGAGCCAGCCUACUCCAGACGGCAGGUUGAGCAUCUUCUGUCUUCAUUACUGAGGGUUUUUGUGGCCCAGUGUCAUAUCUUUGCUGAGCAGCAGGGUGGGAUGGAUCUACAAGAUGAGUUUAGAAAUUAUGCAAAAGCAGUCAUGAAGGAUAUAAAAGCUGGUGACGUUCACCUGCAGAAGUUUAGUGGCCAGUGUGUUGACGACCCCUCUGUGUUGGUAAUGUCUAAGUUCAAGAGGCGUGUUUUGUGCAAGGCCCACCUGCUCACCUCAGAGAUGGACACGCUCAUGGAGAUGACUGACAAUGUCGAUGUCCAUCAUUUUGAGCCGUACCAUGAGACUGUCAAUACCUUCUGCCGGGAACUACCUCACCAGACAUCUUUCUCUAAAGACUUCUUUCCAAGCUUCCCAAACCUGCAAGUCUUUUCACUUCACGAAUGUGGCAAACUCACAUCUCUUCCUGCAGGAGUGUCAGAAUGUGCCCGCCUUAAGAUUGUGUCAUUCACAGAGAGUGCCAUCAAAGAACUUCCCAGUGACAUCUUCUUGGUGCCAUCGCUGAUACGACUCAAUUGUCAUAUAUUGCCUGUAUCAUCUUUACCCAAUCAGUGGCCGGCAUCAAGUCAGCUGACUCACCUUGAACUUGUUGGACUUCAGUUGACACAGAUACCUGCAGACAUUGGGGGCUUGCACGAAUUGUUGACCUUGAACCUCAGCAGUAACCCUUUGACUGACAUUCCCCCGGAAAUCGGCCAUUUGAAAAAACUGAAGGUUUUAAAUCUAUCAGGAAUGGCCUGGAUUACAUUUGAAGGCUCCAAAACUGCAAUGUCACGAGAGCAGUAUGACAGCUGGUUUGAUGACCACAAGUUUGUGCAGACCUAUCUGCCCCAACUGGAUACACAGAGAACAUUCAUGCAGCAUGAUGUGAACAAGAAUGGGAUGCUGGACGAGGAGGAGUUGGCGGUACUCAACCUGCGGCUGUACUGGGACAUUCCUCGCAUAGGCUCUGCCUGCAUCACUGAUGAUGAGUAUGGCGGCAUCCCAAAGGCGGUGUUUCGGAUGUCAGCUCUGGAGGAGCUGUACCUGGAGUACACCGCCAUCACUGCCAUCCCAGUCUACAUGUGUCGCCUCGUCAAUCUGCGCGUGCUCAGCCUCGAGCACUGCCCCCUGCUGGAGAGCUUGCCUGGGUCACUCGGUCACCUCCCCAACAUGAAGAAAUUAGACUUGAUUGGUUGUCCCUCCUUGAGAACCCCACCCAAUGAGGUUGUGAGUCGUGGCUUUGAGCCCGUCAAGGCAUAUCUGAAACGACUGGCUGGAGGCUUCACAGCGUGCCGCAGAACCAAGCUGAUGCUGGUGGGGUUGGGAGGUGCUGGCAAGACAAGCCUUCUGAAGGCUCUCAUGAGUCACAACAAGAAAACAGAGGGGACGAAGGGAGAGGAUAUCACAGACGGAAUAGUCAUCCAGCCUUGGACGGUGAAGACUGAUGAUGAUAUAGAAAUCACCUACAACACCUGGGACUUUGCAGGACAAACCCUCUACUAUAACACACACCAGUUUUUCCUAUCCAAGAGAGCUGUGUACAUCUUGCUGUGGUCAACGCGCCAAGGGUUCGAGCAUGCUGGUCUGGACUUCUGGCUCAGCUCCAUUGCUUGCCACGCCCCCAAGACACCCAUCUUCGUGGUUGGCACCCACUGUGAUCAAGUACCAAAGGCUGAUAUUCCUGUUUCGGAGCUCACCAGGAGAUAUCCACAGAUUGCUGGCUUCCAUUUCAUCAGCUCGGUCACAGGCAUGGGCGUGGCUGAUUUGGAGAAACAGCUGUUAAAAGUCACCUUGGAGCAGAAGAACAUGGGUGAGAAGAUACCGCAAGUGUGGUUGAAUCUGGAGAAGAAGAUCCUGGCGGCACGUUCAUCAACCAGUAUCCUCAAGUGGGAGGUCAUCAAGGAGUAUGGCAUGGAGGUCGGCAUCUACGAUGAGAAAGAUAUUAAAGAAGCAGUGCAGUUCCUUCAUGAGCUGGGCACUGUUCAGUACUUUGACAAUGACUUCCUCCUCGAGGACCAGAUCGUCAUUAACCCCCAGUGGAUCGUCAACGUCAUGUCCUGUGUUGUCUCCGUCAAAACUCCCUAUCAGGAAGAUGCAGGUCGGUUCAGCCACAAGUACAUUAGUGAUGUCUGGAAGGAUUAUCCCCCCUCACUCCACCAGUGGCUGCUGCAGUUAACUGAGGAGUUUGACCUGACCUUCCCACUACCAAAAGAACCAGUCAACAUAGUGCCAUGUCUCCUGCCCCCAGAAGAACCAUCAGAGAUAGAGAACUGGGCAGAAGGCAGCAGGUUUGAGGACACCAGGCAGACCAAGAUGGUGUACAAGUUUGCUUACCUUCCUGCUGGACUUUUCAACAGAGCCCAGGUUCGAUUGUUCCAGUUCUCAGAUGGGAAGCUAAUCUGGAAGCGUGGAUCUCUCCUAAACAAGAACAACCAUGUUGCCCUCAUCAGACAGAUCAG